AUUCUACUUGUAAAUUGCAAUGACUGGAUCCGUUCCACCACCGCCACCUCCACCGUUUAACCAACCAAGCGGCGGUGGCAGUAUGAACCAUUACAAUUCACCUCACACUGAUCUGUACAAUCGCAGAACUUUUCCAGGUCAAUUUCCGCAAGGAAUGCAACCAGGAAUGAAUAUGGCUAGCGCACCGCCAUCAACUUCUCAUCGCUCAUCUUUCCCACAAGGCCAAGUUCCACCGCCACCACCACCUCCGCCUUCUGCUCACCAACAACAUCCUUCCAUGUCGCCUCAACAGUCGUAUGGAAUGCCGAUGCAUAUGCAACAACAGAAUCCAUAUGCCCAAUCACCUUAUCCUAUGAUGAAUCCAAUGGCUCAGCCAGGAAUGGGUCAAAUGCAAAUGGGUUACCCGCCACAAAUGCAACCGCCAGGAAUGCACCAAAUGCAAAGCGGUCAUCCUGGCUAUAUGGGCGCUGCAAUGAAUCCAUACACUGGCAUGCCAAUGGCUCCCGGCUAUGGUCAAAUGGGAAUGAAUCCCUACGGUUACGGUCCAGCAUACAAUCCCGUUGACGCUGCAGCUCGCGCCUAUCACGAGGGUUAUGAUGGUCACGGUAGCGGUCGUGAUUCGCACAGACAUCGACAUAGUCAUGACUUUGAAAACGGUCGUGACGGGCGCAGUCGGCGCAGUCAUUCAAGGAGCAACUCAGGCUCGUCCGCCUCAUCGGAAGGGGAAGCCAAAGCCGGCAGCACCAAAAAAGGAGGCGACAAUCAAAGAGUAAAAGAUAUGAUGAUCGGUGCUGUUUCUGGAGCUAUCCUUGAAAAAGGAAUCGAAAAGUAUCGAGAUCAUCGUGAACACAAGAAAGCAAGCAGCAGUAAAGGUGAUUAA